AUGAGUAAUGCAAGUGAUGCUCUUGAUAAGUUGAAAUUCCUAAGUGUGACAGAGCCCUCUCUACUCGGAGAUGCUGGUGAGCUAGAAACAAGCAUAAAACCUGAUCCCGAUAAUGGAACCAUUACUAUAACAGAUACUGGUAUUGGAAUGACCAAGGAAGAGUUCGUUGACUGUCUUGGAACUAUAGCCCAGAGUAGUACUUCAAAAUUCUUGAAGGCUCUUAAGGAAAAUCAGGAUCUCGGGGCUGAUAACGGGUUGAUUGGUCAAUUUGGUGUUGGGUUCUAUUCUGCAUUUCUGGUUGCUGAGAAGGUGAUAGUGUCAACGAAGAGCCCCAAAGCCUGUUUGACAAGGCUACUCCAAAAUCCCAAGAGAUCCAAGCCUGAAGGUGACGCCAAGAUCGACAUUCCCGACGGUGGUUUGGCUGUGGAAAACGGCGACAGUUGGGAGAGCAAGUGGCAGCUGUGGGUCGCAAUGCUGAUUUAUUUAAUCUGGAAAGCCUCUGUUACGUGA